AUGUACAAAGGCGUCCAUGCUAUCAGAGAAAUAUGGGAUGAACCAUCGGUUUUUCCUAAAGAAAUUUUAGAGAAAAAAAAUUUGAGCUUACCAACAUGUCAAAGCGGCACUUUAGGACAAGAACUAAGUUUGAAAACACAGUACUUAUAUUACAAGGCUAAUACCUUUCAACAUUUUGAUUACAUUUACAAACUGACAAGGGAGUGCAAACUUCGCAACUUUGGUGAGAAACACCAUCCAUGUAGCAGUUUAGAAAUCACUCCUAUGCCAAGGGAUGUUAUUUUCAAAAUUGGAAUUGUUGGAGCAUUCACCGAAGAGAACCUCAGAUUAAUAGCAAAAAGAAAGGGGAAAAGAAAAACAUCAAAAAAUCAGACAGUAUGGAAAGUGAUUCCGCUUCUCUGCUUUCAAAAUGAUUUAGACCUAAAAUCAGCCAAAGAGUUAUUGCGUGGUCAAGACACAUGGGACAAGGCAUCGGAUAAAAUACUGAUCAAAUCUGCUUCGAUUUGCGAUGAAACAGAGGAAAUUACCGAAUCCUUAAUCAUAAUAGCUGAGAACAAAACAGAUAUUGCCAGAGCCAUAACUUCUUGUUUAGAGAAACCAAUUCAUCAAAUUUUACAACAUUGGUCAACAGGUCUCAAAACGGAAGGGCUUGGCAAACGCACUUCCAGAGUCAUUGCCGAAAUAAAGGCUAUUCGUAAAGAGUUAGUGUUGGAUGAACAUAAAAGAACAACCGCUGCAACUGAUCUAUUUCCCAACAAAUGUAAAACUUGUGUGCCAGACGAUCUGAAAGACUACUUAUUUGGAAGGCCUGACGUAAACGCUUUUGGAAUAUGGAGCAAUUCAUUAUUUAAAAUAUAUGUCGAGAUAACCACCAAUGGAAGAGAAUUGAAAAGUAAAUUAACGAAGAGAUAUCGCCACUUCUUUGACAAUUAUCCACUAGAUAUAGAAAUUGGAAAAUUCAUAGAACAUCCUAUUAUAAAACAAGGAGAUCCUAUUUUUGCAGGUAGGGGGAGCAAAUAUUCUCCUGAAGGAACACUUGGGGGAUUUGUUAUAAAUGAAAAUGAGGAGAGGAAAAAAUAUGCCUUGACCUGCAAUCACAUAUUUCCAAGCAGAAAUCAAAUUGAAUAUGCCGACAGUUACGAUGAUGGUGUUAGAAAAGAAAUCGGUUCCUGCAUUUUUAGGACGACUGACAAGUCUUGUGAUUUUGCUGCAAUUGAAAUAAAUGACACAUGUUUAGAUAACUGCAACGUAACAUUCAAGAGAGAUGAUGGAAAAGAUAUCAAUGCACACUUAAAUAACGAUUCUUUAGAAAACUUUCGCGUCGUUCAUAAAAUAGGAGCCACAACAGGUGUGACCCAAGGUUAUAUUCUUAGCUCUGAAUUUUAUAAUAAAUCUAUCGAAAAGGGAAAUCGGGAGUGCAUCUUUCUUGUGAAAGGUACAGGCAGAACAUUUUCGGAAGAAGGCGAUAGUGGAUCGUUAGUCUUUUGUAGACCGAGAAACAUACAACAAAACUACGUUGAUAUCGUGGGUAUGGUAUAUGCAAAGAACUGCAAAGCAAAAGUCGAAAUCGACAUCUACAAGAGGACUGAUAAAGAAUCCGAACUUAAUUUUAUACACGGAAAUCAAAAUAUUAGCACGGAAAUGAAGAACACACAUGUAAAAAAUCAGCAAACUUUUACUCCUUCACUGUCAAGUGAAGAUGACAGGAAAAAAGCAGCUGAAGAUGAUCAAGAUGCCGACGAAUUGUCUUGCUGUUAUCGUUUACACACCGCUCUUGAACUCUUUAAGGAAGACCAAGGACCAAAUUUCAAUGUAAAGUUUAAAGAUGAUUUGUCAUCAUCUUCGCCUUCCACGUCAGAGUCUGAUGAGGAAGCUGUCUAA